UUGCAUUCAUUCAGGCCUGGCCAACCUCCUGUAACCAUCUCUCAGAUAGUAAGAUCGACGUGGAAGCGCGAUGGUAUUAGAGGCUUCUAUCGUGGCCUUUCAGCCUCAUAUGUAGGCAGCUUAGAGACAGCACUCAAUUACAUGGUCUAUGAGAACAUCAAAGCCCGACUUCUCUGGCGCUGGCGCUACGAAGAACAGCAUCAGGCUCAGUACCAGCAGCGACAGCAAUAUCUACAAUCGGGUGAAGACCAGCCUCCGACUAGAGUUUCGCCUGGUUCCUCAUUAACUCAAACCCCAGACAGUACUUAUGAAAAACUUUCUUCUGUUAGUUCAUCUGAUCCUGUGUCUCUUGAUGAUAUGCUAGUGACUAGUGCUUCCGAACAGGAGGCAUCCUGUUCUGUGUCAGCAUCUGCUUCCUCAGGACUGAUGGGCUCGGCUGGUGGCAGCAAAUUGACGGCUUCCAGCGACAUGCUGCUUUGUAUGUGUGCCAGUGCCUGCUCCAAGAUGAUUGCCAUCACGGCAGCAUACCCACAUGGUAAUUAA